UUUCAUAACGAUAGUUCAAUGCCAAAUAACAUUCAAAGUUUAUCGAGAGCUUGUCAACAUAAAAUAUCUUUGGCUCAAGCAGUGUUGGAUACUACAGCAGCUUUGAAGGAAUUGAUCGAAAAUGCACUAGACGCAGGCGCAACUCAAAUAGACGUUUGUAUAAAAGGUCCAAGUGCUUUGGAUCUCUUACAAGUGAUGGAUAAUGGAAGUGGAAUAGAGGCGAGGGAUUUUCCAUUUGUGUGUAAGCCCUCGUAUACUUCAAAGUUAAGUUCAUUCGAGGAACUUGGAGAUGUGAGAACUUUAGGAUUUCGAGGAGAAGCUUUGGCUUCUUUGUGUCUACUUGGCCACUUAAAGCUGAUUACCAAAACAGCUGAAGCUAGAACUGGUAGUUGUAUAAGCUUUGAUCAUAUGGGUAAUGUGAUAGAGAUAGAAACGGCGGCUAGAGAACGUGGAACGACAGUAAUGGUAACCGAUUUAUUUGAAUCCUUUCCUGUUCGCAGAGAAAGUCAAAAAAAAGCAACAAAACGAGAAAUAACAAGAAUUGUUGAUUUGAUACAACGAUUUGCACUUAUUUCUAACGGCGUUCGAUUUGCUUUGUCAAUAGAUGGCAAACGAAUUCUUAAGACUCAAGGUCAUGGAAGCCUACUAGACAGUAUUGCUCAGUUGUUUUCUACUAUGACAGUUGCUUCAUUGAUUCCUGUGGAUACCUAUCAAAUGCAAGAUUUCGACAAAGCUCGUAUCACUGGAUUUGUAUCUAAACCUGAAAAGACUUGUGCUCGUUCAGCAGCUGACCGUCAAUACAUAUUCUUCCGCAAUCGACCUAUCGAAUUGCGUAAACUUUGUAGUUUGGCAACCAGAAUAUAUCAAAAGCAAGUUGGUCAGCACAGUUUUCCACUUUUAUUCCUUCAUAUAGAAUUGGAGGAUGGAACCUUCGAUAUCAACAUUGCUACUGAUAAACGUCAAUUGUUUAUACAUGAUGCCGACAGGUUACUUGAAGCAUGUACUGCUUAUUUUUGUGAACUUUGGAAAGUGAAAGAAUACAUUUCUAUUCCAGAAUGCUCCAAUCAAAGAGGGAUCCAGAAUGAGUUAAAGGGAAACUUAGAUCAUAAACAGACAAUUGUAUCGGAUAAUCUUAUACAACAUUUGGAAAUUGACCGAUUUCAUAGAAUGUCUCAGGACUCUACUACGAGUUGCACUGAAAAUUUUGUUAGAAAUGAACAACAAACAAAGCCCAUUGAGGAUAAUAAUAGAGAUGAUCAAAAUAACCAAACCUCAAAAUCAGUCAUUACUACAAACGAAACAAGCAUCUUGGACAUGUAUUCAUGGAAACCUUUGGCGGUCAAACGUCAGAGUGGAAAAAGUUUAUUACAAUAUGCAAAAAGAAAGCGCAGGGAAUCAGUCGAUGCUUGUAAUGCAGACACAGUCGGUAACAUUCCAAAGAAUCAGUUGCCAUCAGAAGAAGUGCCAUUGAGUAAGACCCAAAUCGACGAAAUAAAUAGCGAUACUGAAGUUCAACCAAUACAAAUGUCUUCUAGUGUAGAAACCAGAAACCGCGUAUCUUUUCUUCAUACUCUUUUUGCUUUGAAAGAUGAAAAUCAUGGUCAAGAACCAAACGAUCACGAUGCAGAAAUGGAAUUGCGUCAAGUUUUGCACAAGGAUGAUUUUCUUUCUAUGCAAAUCAUUGGCCAAUUCAAUCAAGGCUUCAUCAUUGCCAAGUGGUGUGGACAUUUGUUCAUCGUGGAUCAACAUGCUGCAGAUGAACGAUACAAUUUCGAAUAUUUACAUAAGGACCAAGGCGAGUUACCUUGUCAACCACUGAUUCAACCACUUACAAUGCAUUUGUCUGCUGAAGAAGAAUGGCUACUGAUCAAUCACCUGGAUUGGAUAGAGCCAUGGGGUUUCCGCUUUUCAGUGGAUAUGGACAAGAUGCCUGGCAAUAGAAUAUCGUUGUUGCAAGUGCCAUUUCAUGAGAAGACGACUUUUGGAACAGACGAUGUACUUGAAAUGAUUCAUCAGUUACGAAAUCGAGAAGCAAUUAGCAAACAGCGUAGGUAUCCUUUUAUCGGAAUGUUUUUAAGCUAAUCUCACAAAAAUUAUUUUAAGACAUUCGAUUUCCUAGAUUGGAAGCUGCCUUUGCUUCUCAAGCUUGUCGCAUGUCAAUUAUGAUAGGAACUCCAUUAGAUAGGUUGCAAAUGUCAAGAAUUGUAAGCAAAUUGGCAUCUUUGAAGGAUCCUUGGCGUU